AUGGUCGCGAAACAAAGAGGCAACAGACUUGCCUCCGCACCUCCAAGCAAGAGGCGGAAAAUAAAUUCUGCCGUCGAGGAGGUCUCGUUUGACUUGGAUGCACGCCACGAGUAUCUCACAGGCUUUCACAAGAGGAAGCAGCAGAGAAUAAAGCACGCCCAGGAACAGGCAGCCAAGCAAGCCCGCCAGGAAAAGCUCGAAGCCCGCAAGCAGCUGCGGAACGAGCGCAAAAAAGAGGUAGAGGAGCAUGUCGAAACCGUCAAUCGUCUAUUGAGAGAGUCUGGGGCAAUAGUUGACCCUGUCGAGUCUGAAUCUCAGGACGAGGAGGCGAAGGACGAUUGGGAUGGGUUUCCCGACAAGCCGGACCUGGAUAUCAUCGAUCACGAAGAGGAAUACGUCGACGAAGAUCGAUACACCACAGUGACGGUCGAAUCGGUCUCCGUAUCAAGAGAUGGGCUUAGCAAACCACAGCGCUCUACUGACGAAGUUUUGGGGGAUCAAGAGGGGGAAUCAAAUGAGGGCUCGGAGGACGAGGCGACCAAACGGCCGACGAAACCAAAGAAGAAGAAGAAGAAAUUUCGAUACGAAAGUCGCAUUGAGAGGCAACUGACGCAGCGAAGACAUAAGGCCAAAUCAAAGAGAAAUUAA